AUGUGUCUCAAAGCUCUAACCCCUCUUGUCUCUAAGGCGAUUGCAUACUUCGAUCUGGCCUACCUAUGUGCCAUGACUAUUACGGAGAACGGAGUUAUCCAGGUGAUCGAGUCCGAAUGCGUUACUGAUCACUUCCUAGAAACUGCUAAUGAUACAGAGAUCGAGAGCUUUGAGCACAUCUUGAGGUCUCAGCAGAAUAACCGCCCAUACGACCGGCUGGCCCGGAAGAUUCGGCCGCGACGCCAAUUACGGCGAAAUACCUCCACCUCCACAGCUCGUUCAGAUUGCAGCGAGCGAAUUCAUGCGAGCCUGCGAAUCCAGGAAAGCCUUUCCACUUUUCCAAGAUUCCAAGAACCGUCUUUCAUACCCUUCUGGAGCAGCAAGAAAGACAAGAGAAAGCGCAGGAGUCUCCAGGGAAAGACGGUGCCUAAAUCCCUGCCAGUACAGUAUGAAGAUUAG